AUGCAAAUAUCUGAGCCGAUGGAGACCUCACUGGAUCACCGGACAAAGAAAUUUCGAGACGGAUCCAAGGAUGUCCCAUGGGAUCCAACCGCAGCGAACUUGCGAAUUUCCGAGUUCCUCAGCUCCAGAAAGGCACGAUGGGCGGGAAGCAACCCUUCUAGAUGGGCUAAGAUAUCAACGGAGUGGUAUCCUAGGAUCGAAGGACGGAAAAGAGGAAAGCCACGGGAGCGGUGGAGCGACAACGUGACCGGAAACUGGUCCAAAUUCGUGGAUAUGUAA